AUGCCAGAUCUUAACGAAAGUUUAGUUGCCCAGCGUAGGAUCCACACCGCCUCCAAAUGCUUCUCUGACGGGCUAAACUUCAGAGAAACCCCAUUGCCUACGACGGGGGAGGACUUCUGCCAGCCUCCCUCCGGGGGCUGCUGGCUGGAGGCCGCCCCGAUCCCCCCCGGGAGUGGGCGGAAGGCAAAGUUUCAGCGAGCCCGGCCAGCGGGCGGGCGAAACCGGCGUCGUUUUAUAGAUAUGGAGAGACAAUGUUCAAAGAGCCUUAGAGUACCACCUGUCCACCAGUGCCAUCUUUCCCCAUUCUGUCCUCAGAAUUGCCACCAGCUGUAUUUUGGCAAUGGGAUUUUUCAGCAACGGCAUAACGAUGGGGUUCGCCUUGAGGAUAUUAGACAUGCAAUCAAGCAAGCAGCACAGAAGCACUGCUUUGUCUGCGGCAAGAGUGGGGCCACCAUCACCUGCUGUGAGAUGGGUUGUGACCGCAGCUUCCAUCUCCCUUGUGCUGAGGAGGGUGAAUGUGUGACCCAGUUCUUUGGACUCUACAGGUCCUUCUGCUGGGAGCACAGCCCAGAGCAGGCAGCGGAGGUGGCUCCAGAGAAGAACACCACGUGCCUCAUCUGCCUGGACCUGGUAGAAGACAGAAAGUCCUACAGAACCAUGGUGUGCCCAGCAUGCAAGCAUGCCUGGUUCCACAGGGACUGCAUCCAGAAACAGGCAAUCCAUGCCGGCUGCUAUGGUUUCUGCUGCCUACAUUGUCAAAAUCAGUAUCAUUUUUCAAUGGAAAUGCUCACCAUGGGAAUUCAAAUCCCCAGGAGGUUGGCCUCCAGUGUCACCUCGAAGAUCAGCGGUGCCAACACUCCAAAUCAGGUGGCAUCUGGGUCCUCCUGCAGCUCUCCAGCACUUGAGGGCAGCAGCCGCUCCAGCCCUCCUGGGCCCAUACGGGUGCGAGACCAGUCCCGUUCCCAGCGUCGGGCCCAAAGUCACCCCUACAGCUGGGCAAGACAGCACUAG